AAGAGUUUCCUCUCUGCUUUGCAAGGUGUGGGAGUUGACGGGACAAGUGUAGCUGUUUGUCAGAAUUCCUUGCUGCUUUCCGACUAAGCUUUGAAGCCAUUCAUGGAAGCUGAUGGCAACGCUCUCGUUCCCUUGCGUCAGAAGGCAAAAAAGAAAAGUCAAGGGUUCUUUAUAAUGAGCCGACGGAGGAUAUCGUGUAAAGAGCUGGGGCAAGCCGAUUGUCAAGGAUGGCUCUACAAAAAGAAGGAAAAAGGAGCUUUCAUUGGCAACAAAUGGAAAAAGUUCUGGUGUGUCCUGAAGGAGUCAUCACUGUAUUGGUACAGCAGCCAGCUGGCUGAAAAAGCUGAAGGAUUCAUCAGACUUCCAGACUUCAGUGUGGACCGAGCAACAGAAUGCAAAAAAAAGCAUGCUAUUAAGAUCAGCCACCCACAGAUCAAGACAUUUUAUUUUGCGGCAGAAAAUGUUCUGGAAAUGAACACGUGGCUAAGCAAGCUGGGGAUGGCUGUAGACCCUCAGGCACCCAACGGGAAGAAUGAGGAAGAAUGCUACAGCGAAAGUGAACACGAUGAUCCAGAAAUAACAGACACACCACCUCCCCCCUACACAGUCCAACCACCACCGCCUCCUCCUUCGCAGGACCAGCAGAAGUCUUCUUUCACAUCAACUCUGUCAAGUGAAGCAUCUUGUUCUCUCUCCUCUCCUGAAAGCACUUUCAACUCCCAAGAAUCGUCAUCGUCUUUGACGUCCAAAGUGGUUUAUUCCGAGAGGCAGUCCUGGCUUGACCUAGUUAACAGCUCUGCCACAGAAGAGGGUGAUCAGCCUUUAACUUUCUGCGUACAGAUUCACUCUGAUGAGCCACCAGAAGUAGACUGUGGAGAAGCAGCAGAAAGCCAGGAGGUCUGGCUUUCCAAACCUGGUGGCGGAUCCCAAAACUCUUUUUUAAGUCCGGAAACACAUUGCCUAGCUGUGCCAGAUGCAACAGGACAGAGAUCACUAAUGAAAGAUCAGGAAAAAUGUGAUGAUGAUGAGAUGGAGCGACUUUACAAGUCAUUAGAACAAGCAAGCCUGUCUCCCAUUGGCGAUCGUCGUCUGUCAACGAAGAAGGAGCUUAGGAAGUCAUUUAUCAAACGCAGCAAAAACCCCUCCAUUAAUGAGAAACUCCACAAAAUUCGAAUGCUGAAUAGUACAUUAAAGUGUAAGGAACACGACCUGGCCACAAUUAACCAGUUGCUAGAUGACCCAAAGCUGACGGCGAUGAAGUACAGAGAGUGGAGGAACACGAACAUCAUGCUGGUCCAAGAUAUCUAUCAGCAGCAGGAGGUCCAGGACAUGUCCACAGAGAAUAGUGAGGAGCAAGAGAUGACUCCGCAGCCUGUCGCUGAAAGUGCAAUCUGAGGCCAUGGCUGGGUCGUUCAUGGCAAGAUUUUUCCCCAUGGGUCUUCAUGUACAGGCACUUUAAAUGGCUGCAUUUUGAGGUUUGUUUUUUCCAAGUGUUCUUCGAAAGGAAAACAACGCCUUCUCCAAAGCUUUAAUUCCUCUUGCCAAACUUAUUUCAUGUCAAAAGGGGCAAAUCCCCCAAAUUAAAAAAAGCAUGCCUGAACCUGGGCUUCAUACCUAAGACGACUAUUUUAUGAAACAGCACAGAAAUAUUUUUUCAUCUUGGCAGAAGUAAAUUAAAUACGUCCAACUCCUGGAAGUCACAGAACUGUAUAAUAUGAACUGUAUAAACGUGAGGACUUUGGGGUUGUUUUAACCAUGUAACUUCCUGUUAAAGGAAGCUACAAUGCCAACAGGAUGUAGUCUACUCUUUACCUUUUUACCCUGUAAGGUAACCUGAUGUAUGCAUUUUCACCUCUGCAUUCAUUCACUUUCACUGCUCUACCAGUUUAAACUGAGACAAAUAGAAUAGUAAUUAUGCAUGACUUUAUACUACAGACAGCUCUCAGGCACCCAGUUUGUGCUCUGCCUGAUGUUUUAUGAGUUUCAAGUUUAUUUAUGGACUAGACCAAGGUACUGUCUUUCUACAUGAAGAAGAUAAGGUCUCUCAGUGUUUGCUAACACGUAAUUUACUCUUCAGUGAGGCAGCUAUUGCUUCGACAAGUUUCAACUGUUCUUAUGGACUUGGCAGAAUUCCUUGGAAGACUAUUUUCUUCUUUCUUAUUUUUGACAAUUGUGAAUAUAUCAGGUACAAGUUCAUCCCAGAUUCCUACUUAGGAAGGUGAUCAAGUUCACAAGGCAGAAGCUAAAUAAUUAAAUUCCUGAUGUGGACCUGAAAGUGUAAAACAUAGCUGCAAAUAUUUUUGUAAAUAGAUGUCAUUUUUUGGCUUAUAUGAAUGUGACUAUGUACUGUAUAUAUGUUUUAUUUAUAUAUUUAUAUAUGCUGAAUUUCCUAAUGUAGAUAGGCGCACAUGGACCAGACCCACCCAGAUGAGAAUGCUUACAGGUCAACUUGAAAUGCCUCUUUGUUUUUUGUUCCAUUAUGAAUCACAGUAAUGGCUCUACAACAGAGACUACCCUGGGACAGCUGCUGUAACUUUUUCUUCUGUCUCUCGAGCUUUGAGUUUUAGAUGAAGAAAAUUGAUACAACUUCAGGCAAGAAAAUAAGUUUUCUAGAAAGUUUCAGGAUGUCCCUUUGGGCAAACAAAAAUAAGUAUGUUGAGAGGUUUUGCUGGAGUAUCAUAACUUUUUGGCUUCAUUGCCCUCAGUACAAGGUUUGGGAUUUUUGCCUUCCCAUCUGCUGCAUGUGUACAAGUAUGAGGAACUUUGCGGAGUGCUGAAUUUUGAAAAGCAAGAAUUAGCCCACCAUUCUCAAAUUAAUGCCACUACAGGAACUGUGGCAAUCUGCAUUUCUGUUGGCUAUUUCGUAAAGAUAUUCUUUGUCAUUAGUUUUCAACACAGCUUAUCUUUUAAAGCAAAAUACACUAUGUGGAUACAGCCAUAUUCACCUGUCUUUAUACAUUAUAUAUUUUAUCAUAGCUUGACUGAGAAAACAAAAGUUAAUAGUAUUAGUGGGAACAUGUGAAAUCUUUUCCACCUGUGUAGUGAUAAGUCUGACUGUUGAUAUUGCAUUUUUAACACUCAGCAGCUUUUCUUUUAAAAUAGAGACAUGGAAUUAUGUCCCAAUGCAUCCAAAAAUGGCAAUUAAGAUGAUGCUGAGUGUGAGAGCUGAGGAGCAGAUUGUGAGCUAUAGGAAAGGGAAAACAGAAUGAAGCAUGUAGGCUCCUUUCAUACAGGCUUUAAUGGGAGAGUGUCAGGGGAAAUGUGAGCUGGUUGAAUGCAGAAGCAGGGCUAUGCUUGGGAUAGCAUCACUGCCUCAGGUAUAAAACAGUUUAGGAGUGUGAGGGUAAGGGCUGAUAUUGGGCCAGGACUUAAUAAUUGGGGCUAGUCUGGUUGUGGGGAACAAAUGUUAGCUGAGACCUGCAAGUGGGUGACAAUAACUAAAUGGGGAAGCAGACACAAAACUCAGGUUGGUUAAAAAGCUAUAGUUUUCAGGAAAUUGUCAUAUGAGGGGUGAUUUCAUCCCUUCACUAAUGCUAACUAGAAGUUGAUAGGAAUUAAGCAAGCUCAAUACCUGUUGCAAUUUGGUUUAGAGUAAUCACUUCCUAAAAACUGAGCCCAUUUUAAGUUUGUUUUUUUUUAUCUUUCACCAUUCCCAGAAGAACCUCUGGACUGUGGACAUCUGUGAGUGUUCUGCUCCUGAGUGAAAUUCUUCAAAGCAGAUGCAUAGGUGGGAGAGGGAUAGCCCCUGAACUUGACAUGAUGUCAAUUAGCUGCUGAGUACACGCUGAAAGUUAGGAGUGUAGGAUUAAUCUGCUCGGUCCAUCUCAUUUUUAACUAUUGGCACUAAAUAAUUGAUAAAUAAUGGAGGUCAAAGUGAAUGUAUGCUUCAGAUUUUCUCUUGCAGGUGCAGACCAUUCAGUGUCUCAUGAAACAAAGCAUGCAAACACCACUUUUCUUCAAAAGCAUCUUCAUGUGGAUCUUAAAAACAAGCAUGAGCUUAAAUGGCCUGUUAAACUGAGCCGGACUAAUCAGUGCCUUGCAGUUCCAAGCAAAGUCCUAGUCAACCCCGUUUGCUGAAGUAGAUUUGCACUAUAUGAAGGAAAGUACUCUGUGGCAUGCACACGCUGCGUUGGCUCUUUUCACGCUGUGCUUGUAUAAGCAUAAACAAAAAAAGUUUCCCAAAUACAGAGAUACGCAAAUGUCCUCAAACUGCCCAAUCUCUACUAUUGGUUUUGAUGAGAUUAGACAGCCUAAAAUAACAUUUAAAUUGCUCUCUUCCAGAUGGUCAGUAGAUACUUACUGUUGAACUACUGACUUUUUGAAAACCUGCUGAGGAUGGGCUGUAUCACCCUCUUUGACAAGAAAGGCAAAUUCUUGAAUGGGUUUAUUUUAAUGAAGUUGUUAUUUUAACAAAUUUCUGUGUCUUCAAGAAAACAAACGUGAGUUUUAUGCAAGUGCAGUGCUGGGAGUCUAUCUCCGUUCUCUUCAGCUACGAUUUAGACCCGAAACAAGUGAAAAGUGUGGGAAAUGUGAAAUGAAAAUUGUAGUAAAACGGGAUUCAUUUUCCAGCAUUGCUAGCUAAUGUGAUGGGUUUGACCUGGUGCUGGAUUUGUCACAAGGGGCUGCGCAGCAAUGUUGAAACCACAGUCAGAGAAAGAAGAGUGCACAAGCCAACAGCUACAACUAGUGGAUGCACCGGGGAGCAGAGCCACGUUGGUGGGAGAAACUUGGACAACUCCAUGCUCCGCUCAGCAAUACUUAGGGUAAAUGGUAUCCGUUGGUCUGACUUUGGAAGACCUGCACUUUUGGCUCAUAGGGUAGGGAAACUGCAUUCCCCAGUGAAUGUCCAAAAGCCUUUAACCAUCUGCCUCAUGGGACUAGUUUAUGUACUUUUUCAGGAGAACGGGUGUGUGCAUGGGUGUGUGCACAUGCAUGCUUAUUCCUUUGUCAGUAAAGCCUUUUGGUAUCAGUGCAGUAAGUCCAGAUGGGCAGAUUUUGGAGUAACUAAUGACUGUCCUGAAUUUCAGCCAUUUCUGCAGCCUGUCUCUGGUGGCUUUUCUGGAAAUCUUAUCUCUCUUUUGAUGGUGUAGACCUUAUGAGCUACCAGAAUGAAGUGGGAUCACAUUUCCUUUCCUAAGAUGGGAGAAGUUUCAUGUGAGGACUGCGAACAAUUUCUGCCUCUAGUUCUGAUGAUCUACUCAAUAGUGGGUUUCACCUGAAACAGGAAUAAAUAAUGUGCUACAACCCUUAUUUUUUUUGCAAAUAAUUUUCUUUCUUUUUGGUUUGGGACAGCCAAGGAGGGAGGGGAAGAAAAGAGGUGGUAUUUGAUUUAAAACUAUGUAGAUUUUCAGAAUUUAAAAUUAUUACUAACUAGGAAAAAUUAUGGGCAUGUUGCAUUUGUUGGGUGAGCCUGUAAGCUUACAUAUCUGUUACAGACUUAAUAUAAAAACUUGCAUUUUUUAUCUUUUAAAUUAGCAAAGGAGUCUGUAUAAGCAUACUUCUGUGUGAGGAACUCCAUGUAUUGUGGUUGAAGUUUGGGGGUUGGGCUUUUUUUGUUGUUUUGCAUGUUUGGUGGCACAAAAGUGACCAAUUGCAACGAGGGACUGGGCUUACUUCAUUUAUAUGAGACAUCUUUCUGUUAACAGGAAGCCAAAGUGGUUUUCUUGUAGUAUUAGAGCCAAGGUGGUAUUUCCUGUUUUUUGUGGGGCAUUUCGAAGCAGCAGACAUUUAUUUAAGAUGUCAGUUAGCAUUUCUUUGGCGGCUUGAAGAUUUAUCCCAUUUUGGUCUGCUUCAAGCUGCCACAUUAUUGCAUUUUUCAGAACUGUCUUCACUAUUAACUAAACCAAAAACUGAGGUGAAAAAAAUGAAAGGGAAAAACAGAACAGGAAAGCUCUGAGCUAAGAUCAGGCUGAAAUUCUUGUCUCUGUGCAUAAGGGUAAUGGGAGUUAAGCUUGCCAAAAGCUGGGCAUUUCAGCACUGAAAAAAGAUUGUCAGGUGUUGAGGAGAGUACUACAUUCCUUGAAAUUCGCUGUGGGAGAAGGUCCAAGACUUGUCUGCUCUGGAAAAUAUUUUUCUAAUUUACUUCCUCCUGGUAAAAAUCCAAAGGGAGUGGUUUAUAAGCUGGCAGAAAGUUAAAAACGCAAUAUGCGUGUAAUUCAUUGAUAGUUCAUCAACCUUGAUGUAUUACCUCAAAAUGACGGACUUUAGAUGACUCUGCCUUUAAUGCAGAAAAUCGUACCACAGUGUCUGAAGCUUAUUUACCCCAUCUGGCCCACAUGAGGUCCAUUUUGAUGAUGUAGGUUUAUGUCACGUCUAUAGGGCAAAUAGCUUACAUCAUCAUGCCGUAGCUUAGGUACCAUGUGAACUCUUAACACUCCCUGUGUCCUAGAUGCCUUAGGACCCACCCAACUUAUGCUGACUCUCAAAAUUGCUUAUGUCAGUUUUACCUUCUCCCACCUAAAAAUAAAAAAAGAGAGGAUAUGAAAACAUCUCCCACUCUCAUGUGAAGAGGACUGGCACUAGUCUAGGUAAGAUUCAGAUAAGUCACUUUAUUUAUGAACGUUCAGCAAAAUAACUCACCUGGUGAAAUACUAUAUGGGCAUACUAACAGCAUUGCUCUUGUGCAAAGCUUUCAGUGCUGGGGACUGGCCCAAAGGAGGAACAGGGUUGUCUAUUCCAUUACCCUCUGUAGGCAGGGAAAGCCAUGCAUAGCGGAGUAUUUGCAAGGAUAUCUGUUAGGCAGGGCCAGGGCCUGCAGCACCAUGAAGGUGUAUGGAAUCCCAGUUUGGCAUUUUAUCUGUGAAGUCUAUUUUUUUUUUUCACUGUUUCAAUGUUUGCACUCAGCGCUGCCUUUUUACUGCUUGUUGCCCACACAUGUGA